UCUCCGCUCUCUUGCCUUAUCUUUUUGCCCACUUGCUCCCGGUGACUCGGAGGGUGGAGAUGCUGCCGCGGAGAUGGAGUUGAACCUCCGAAGCCACCGAGUGUCGGCCAGAGUUUGAGAUUAAAAAAGGGUUUGGAGGUGGAGGAAUACGAGACGAGGAGGAACGAUAUAUCUUUUUGGAGGGGUAAAAAUGAAGCUGCUGAAGCCGAGCUGGGUGAGCCACAACGGAAAACCCAUAUUUUCCGUUGACAUCCACCCCGAUGGGACGAAGUUUGCAACCGGCGGGCAAGGAGAGGAUUCUGGGAAGGUGAUGAUCUGGAACAUGGCACCGGUCCUCAGAGACGAGGACGAGAAGAACGAGAAUAUUCCCAAGAUGCUUUGCCAGAUGGACAAUCAUCUCGCCUGUGUGAACUGUGUGCGCUGGUCCAACAACGGGCUGUACCUCGCAUCAGGAGGAGACGACAAGCUGGUGAUGGUGUGGAAGAGAGCCGCGUUCAUCGGGCCCAGCACGGUGUUCGGGUCGAGCAGCAAGCUGGCCAACGUGGAGCAGUGGAGGUGUGUGACCAUCCUGAGGAACCACACUGGAGAUGUGAUGGACGUGGCGUGGUCUCCUCACGACGUGUGGCUCGCCUCUUGCAGCGUGGACAACACCAUCGUCAUCUGGAACGCUCGCAAGUUCCCAGAGAUGGUCACGUGUCUGCGUGGUCACACCGGGCUGGUCAAAGGUCUGACGUGGGACCCGGUGGGGAAGUACGUGGCCUCGCAGGCCGACGACCACAGCCUCCGCGUGUGGAGGACGAUGGACUGGCAGAUGGAGGCCAACAUCACCAAGCCCUUCAGCGAGUGCGGCGGGACGACCCACGUCCUGCGUCUGUCCUGGUCCCCGGACGGCCAGUACCUGGUGUCGGCCCACGCCAUGAACAACUCUGGCCCCACGGCUCAGAUCGUGGAGCGAGACGGCUGGAAGACCAACAUGGACUUCGUGGGCCACCGCAAAGCCGUCACCGUGGUGAAGUUCAACCCAAAGAUCUUCAAGAAGAAGCAGAAGAAUGGCAGCGCCCCGAAGCCCGGCUGCCCGUACUGCUGCUGCGCCGUCGGCAGCAAAGACCGCUCGCUCUCCGUCUGGCUCACCUCUCUGAAGCGCCCCCUGGUGGUCAUUCACGAUCUGUUCGAUAAAUCCAUCAUGGACAUCGCCUGGACCCUGACCGGUCUGGGGAUGCUGGUCUGCUCGAUGGACGGGACGGUGGCCUAUCUGGACUUCUCACUGGACGAACUGGGAGACCCUCUGAACGAGGAGGAGAAGAACGGCAUCCACCAGAACAUCUACGGGAAGAGCCUGGCCAUCACCAGCAUCGAGGCCCAGCUCUCCACCACCAUCAUCGAGAACCCGGAGAUGCUGAAGUACCAGCAGGAGCGCCAGAACUCGGCCCAGGCCCAGCUUGGGCCGAGCGGCGCCGGGCCCGAGGCCUCGGCCCCCAAGCUCAACAGCGUGAUGAACGGAGAGUCUCUGGAAGACAUCAGGAAGAACCUCCUGAAGAAGCAGGUGGAGACGAGAACCCCCGACGGCAGGAGGCGCAUCACGCCGCUUUGCAUCGCUCAGCUGGACACCGGGGAUUUCUCCCCGGCGCUCUUCAACAGCGCCCCCAUCCUGCCCUCCGGCUCCUCCAUGUCCAACCAGCUCACCUCCCAGCUCAGCUGCGACUCCAGCCCGGGGCCGCGGCCCGGCCACGACCUCAUGCUCACCUCGCCACCGGGGGGCGCCGCCGCCAAGGGCCUGGAGGACAUCAAGGACGGGGUGAAGUCCAGCCUGCUGCUCACAUCCGCCUCCAAGAUGGAGCCCAUGAAGGCGUUGGAUUCCCGGUUCACGGAGAGGUCAAAGGCCACGCCAGGGGUCACCGCCUCCAUCGCUGGACUCGUGCCUCUCGACAGCAGGCCGAAGGACAUCGGCGGUGUUGGCGUUGGCAGCGUCUCCGCCCCGAAGGAUGUGAAGGCCAAAGACGACACCAGCAGCGACAGCGAGGACAAGAUGGCCUCCAUCAACAAGAACCUGUCGUUCAGCAAGAGGAAGCCCGAGCUUCUGCUGGACGCAGACGUGGUGGAAAAGAGGAAGAAGGGGCGUCCCAGGAAAGACAAGAUGGCCACCCCCAUGGCCCUGCCCUUCACUCAGAUCACUCCUCAGGUGGAGAGGGAGUUCAGCAGGGUGGCUCCUCCUCCGGCUGCUGCAGUGACUCUCAAGCUCUCAACACCGAAUAUAAAGAAGGCCUUCAGUCUGCAGGUGAGCAUGGAGCCGUCGGUGUUCCUGGAGGUGGAGAACGAGGUGUCUCUGGUCGCGGGUUCGAAGCUCAGCCAGCUGCGUUGCUCCAGAGACGGACGGGACUGGAACACGCUGCUGCCCAGCUCAGUGGUCACGGCAGCAGGGAGCAGCGACGUUCUCGCCGUCGCCUGUCAGGACAGGAUGUUGUCGGUCUUCUCUACCUGUGGGCGGCGGCUCCUCCCCGCCAUCCAGCUGGCCACGCCCGCCUCGGCGCUGCAUUGCUCCGCCCACUUCGUCAUGGCGCUGACAGCCGAAGCGGCGCUGUCUGUCUGGGACGUUCACAAGCAAAAGGCUCUGGUGAAGAACGAGUCGCUGCUCAGCAUUUUAUCAGGUGCCGACACCACCGUGACCCAGUCUCUGCUGACCCAGCAGGGGGUCCCCGUUAUCGGGCUGUCCAACGGGAAGUCCUACUGCUUCAGCUCGUCCCUGGAGACCUGGACCCUGAUAGCAGAUAAAGGAGACUCCAUGGUCCAGUGUGCCGACUUCCGGAGCUGCCUGCCGACCCACGAUGUACCUGUGUCCUCGGGGCCGCUGGCUGUCAUGCAGGGACGCAACCUCAACGCCGGCCGCCUGGCGUCCCGCCUCUCCUCCACCCCCCACCACCUGCAGCAGAGCAUGACGCUGGCCUUCCUGGAGAACCAGCUGGCGUCGGCGCUGACGCUGCAGUCGGCGGCGGAGUACCGCUACUGGCUGCUCAUCUACGCCCGCUUCCUCGUCAGCGAAGGCUCGGAGCAUCGUCUCAGGGAGCUGUGUCAGGAGCUGCUGGGUCCAGUCCACAAGUCAGCGGCCUCGGCCUGGGAGCCCACCACUCUGGGUCUCCGUAAGCGCGAGCUGCUGCAGGAGGUUCUACCCGUCAUCGUGGAGAACCUGCGGUUCCAGAGACUGUUCACCGAAUACCAGGACCAGCUGGAGCUGCUGCGCACCAAAUAACACACACACACACACACACACACACACACACACCUGGACUCAUCAUGAACUCUGACCCGACACAUCCUGGGUGUUUUUGUGAAGAACUCUCUGAACCAGCCGGUGCUCACGAGAGAAGAGUCUUCUUCUUCUUCUUCUUCUGCUUCUUCUGCUUCUUCUUCCUCUUUUAUUUUCUAAUCACAAUCUCUGUUUUAAACUUUGUCUUUUGAUGUUUUUUUCCUGCUUUAAAUGUGUGUGUUUUUCUCUCCUGCACACUCCUAAUCAUGGACUUAAAAAAAAAAAAGACAAAAAAAAGGAUGAACUCAAAGCAGCGGAGACAGAACGGUCAACGGUUGGAUUCCAGCAUCAGAGCGAGAGAUGAAUCAUAAGUGAUGUAGAGGAGCAAUAUGUCCGAACCAAAGCGUUGAAUAGAUAAUCAAGUUCACAACACCGCUGGGGAGGGAACUUCUACUCCGAAUGACGGGCGUGGCCCCCUGGAGGGGGGAGGGGCAGCCAAUUUGUAGGUUUUCGAAGAGCACUUUAAAACCAACGGGAAGUUUCCCGAAGGUCCGACUCAAAAGAACGGUCGUGGACUCGCGUCUCCUUCUGCUUCCACAGCCAAGUCAGCGCGUUAGCCCCAAGCUAGAGCCUUAGCCCCGAGCUAGCGCCUUAGCCCCGAGCCAGCGUGUUAGCCCCAAGCUAGAGCCUUAGCCCCAAGCUAGAGCCUUAGCCCCAAGCUAGAGCCUUAGCCCCGAGCUAGAGCCUUAGCCCCGAGCCAGCGUGUUAGCCCCAAGCUAGAGCCUUAGCCCCAAGCUAGAGCCUUAGCCCCGAGCCAGCGUGUUAGCCCCAAGCUAGAGCCUUAGCCCCAAGCUAGAGCCUUAGCCCCGAGCCAGCGUGUUAGCCCCAAGCUAGAGCCUUAGCCCCAAGCUAGAGCCUUAGCCCCGAGCCAGCGUGUUAGCCCCAAGCUAGAGCCUUAGCCCCGAGCCAGCGUGUUAGCCCCAAGCUAGAGCCUUAGCCCCAAGCUAGAGCCUUAGCCCCGAGCUAGCGCCUUAGCCCCGAGCUAGAGCCUUAGCCCCAAGCUAGAGCCUUAGCCCCGAGCUAGCGCCUUAGCCCCGAGCCAGCGUGUUAGCCCCAAGCUAGAGCCUUAGCCCCGAGCCAGCGUGUUAGCCCCAAGCUAGAGCCUUAGCCCCGAGCCAGCGUGUUAGCCCCAAGCUAGAGCCUUAGCCUCGAGCUAGCGCCUUAGCCCCGAGCUAGAGCCAUAGCCUCAAGAUAGCGCCAUUACCCCCGAGCUAGCGCCUUAGCCCCAAGCUAGUGACUUAGCCCCGAGCUUGAGCCUUAGACCAGAGCUAGCGCCUUAGCCCCAAGCUUGAAACUUAGCCCCAACCGUGCAAUCAAGUUCAAACCUGUGGUGUUUGAACACUCUGGUUCCGUGUGUGUGUGUGUGUGUUUUUGAUUGUGAGGAGAGCGAGCAGCUCCGAGGCAGAACUCUUUCUUCAUUAAUCUGUACAGCGAGUUGUUUGUUUGUUUUUCUUUUGCGCUUUUUUGUUGUUGCCAUUAGUAAUUUUUAAAUGUUUGUACAAGGGGAUUUUUUUGUUUUUUUUUCUAUAAGAAAAAGAAGAGAAAAAAACUGUCGGAGACUAACUGAACUUUUUCUUUUGAAGAAAUAAAGAAGAAACGGAUGAA